GUCAUCACUGGAAUACACUGGGACAGGAGAUGAAGACAUUAUUCCAUGAAGUAUCAUUCUUUGGCAGUCUUUAUCUCUCGUUCUGUUUUCCGCCUGCUUUAUUGUCCUUCAACCAGGGCUCUACAGUGCCACCUUUUUACUCACAAACUGAAAAAGUCAAGUAUGAGUUUUGAUUUAUAGCGUAUAAAUUGCUGCUGUAGUUAUUUUCUAAGUAUGUUGGCUGUUUUAGAAGUGUGUAGCCAUAGAGUCUACUUGAGUGACUUUGUCCUUGUGUUUCUUGGCCAUGGAUAUAAUUUUGUUCACAUGCUAGGUUGUUUUUGAUGUUAGCUUGUUUGAGCUCGCUCAACUGCUAGUGAAGAGACAUGGGAGAAUCUCAUCUCUCCCAGACAGACAUGCCAGUCUCACUGUUACCCUUAAAGGGGCAGCUGAACAUUUUUGUCUCCCCUAAGUGGCUAAAAUAUUUGACAGGACAUUGUACUUGCUUGAGCAUGGAACACCACAAAAACAUUUUAUUCUUUCACUUUUAGUAAUUUCUUAUCAUAAAAACGCUAUUUCUCAAAUACUUUUAUUGUGUUCCUAAAUGUAUUUGCGUGUUAAAAAAUCUAUUUAGCCGCAAAAAUUGAAAAAAUGUCAGCAUAGAUUCCUGCUAGCGGAUUUCUUUCUUUGUGCUUUUGUGUAGUGAAGCGACUCUUGCAUUCUUUUGCAGUUUGAGUUCUGCAGGACAGAGUGUUCAGAGGUGUGUGUGUGUGUGUGUGUUGGGAUUAAGAGACCUACUGAGACAGAGCCAGUGCAGACGUUCCUAUAGCGAGAGAGGCCCAGAGGAGAGACUGAGGGAUAUGAAAUGCUCUAAGCUGUAAUUCACCAAGCAGCUGUGUUUAACCUCAUGGAGUACAGGUUACAUAACCCUAUCAGCUCACACACACACACGCGCGCGCACACACACAACCAAAAGACUACGUGUGUGUGUGCGACCUAUGCAUUUGUUUGCUUGUGUGUGAUUGUUGCGUGCCACCCCUGUGUACGUGCGCAUGCAUGAGACUGUGUUUUGGACCUCUGCUGUUUGUGCUAUCUCCUCUGUAAUCCAGCAGGCCUGGGUCUUUGAUCUGGUUCUCGCAGCCUGGGAACUCAGGCCAUAAUGAGCACUUGUUUUCCUCAGUCAGCAGACUGCUGCUUCAAACAUGGAGGCUGUGGAGAGAGACUUCCUGUUAUGAUCAAGUUCUCUCUGUGUUUAAAGCAGAGUGAAUAGAACACAAUCAGCCACCACACCUCCUCGUCAUGGAUUAAUUAUUGAUGUGUACCAACCAGUCAGAAGCUGAAUACAGCACUGACUGACUCUGCUCUCUGAUGUCACUACAUUCCAUACCAGUGCCGGAUGUGACUAAUUAAAAAACAACAGGCAUUGGGAUUGUAGCGGCGUCUGGGUAUAUCCCCUUAAGAUGCUACAGGUGUCCUGCAGGUGAGAGCUCUGAAAGACUACUGGAACAUCCACGACCCCACUGCUCUCAACAUCCAGGCCGGGGAUGUCAUCAUGGUCCUAGAGCAGCACAUGGACGGGCGCUGGAAGGGGCACAUCCACGACAGCCAGAGGGGCACCGACCGGGUGGGCUACUUCCCGCCGAACAUUGUGGAGGUCAUCAGCAGACGCUCAGGGGGCACCCUGUCCCGGCAUGCCUCUCUGCCCACCCAGCGCCACCAGCUCCUCUCCAGAGCCCCCCUCUCCUCCAGCCUGAGCUCAGCCCCUCAGACCGACGACUCCUACACACUGUACACCCCCAACAAUCCCCACAUGGCCCUCCCCCACGCCAUCGGCCUCAGCGCCAACCCAGGUCGGCCUCCCAGCAGCCUCUCUCAGCCUGGUUGUCCCCUGGAGGACAUCUGGGUGCUCAGGAACUCACACACCGCGGCAGGUGACAGGAACAGUGUAGGGAGUACGGGCAGUGUGGGCAGCACCCGUAGUGCUGGGAGUGGACAGAGCACAGAGAGUAACACUGCUCUCAACGGACAACACCACCAGACCACCGCACUCCCAGACACAGCCAAACCAGCGCCCUCUGCUGGUGACUCAGGGCAACCAGUCCCCAAUAAACAGCCUGACCUGACUGCAGUGGUUCUGGGUGCUCCUCGGAGACCGAUGGUGAACAUACUGAGACCAGGGGAACAGCAGUUUGUCUCCCCGCAGUUUGUACGUCCUCAGCAGCUACUGGAGGGCAAGGAUGCAGAGGCCAUCUACCAGUGGCUGAGUGACUUCCAGUUGGAGCAGUACACUGGGAACUUCAUCACGGCCGGCUACGACGUCCCCACCAUCAGCAGGAUGACCCCAGAGGACCUGACGGCCAUCGGCGUCACCAAGCCAGGCCACCGCAAGAAGAUCUCAAUCGAGAUAGGAAACCUCAGCAUCCCCGAGUGGCUGCCUGAAUACAUCCCGGCAGGCCUGGGGGAGUGGCUGAGUACCAUAGGCCUGCCUCAGUACCAAAGGAAGCUGUCAGAGAACGGCUAUGACUCCAUCAGCAUCGUACGGGACCUGACCUGGGAGGACCUGCAGGAGAUAGGCAUCACCAAGCUGGGCCACCAGAAGAAGAUGAUGCUGGCCGUGAAGAAGCUGUGUGACAUCCAGAGGGCCAUCCUGGCUGCAGAAUCUGUCCAGGGCACGUUGCGCCGCAAGCCCCCUGGAGCCCUUCACCUGGUCACCAUUGAGCCCCCUGACAGCGCCUCCGACUGCCCCUCGCCCCACACCCCCAAGAUGCUGACCUUCCAGGACAGCGAGCUGAGCGCUGAGCUGCAGACAGCCAUGUCCAGCCACUACCAGGAGGGCCCGGCCAUCAAGAGUGCCGUGGGCAUGUCUCGGAGCCAAGAGAGCAUCGACGCCCGGUCCAGGGGCUCAGGGCGCUCCCAGGACCCCCCCACGGCCUCCAUCACUCCCCACAGCCGCUCACAGGAGAGCCUAGGGGGCAGCAGUACCUCCACCAGCCUCAGUGCUGACAGCAGCCCUGCCAAGGAGAGGAACAUUCCAGAAGGCUGGGACCAGAGGUCCAUACUACAGCAGCAGCAGCUUCCCAAGCAGGUCCCCCUGGGGGCAGCCACCGUGUUCCAGUACCCAGCCAUCCCAGCCAAGCCUAAAGGCCCUGGGUCUCACUCCCUAGGCUCCUCUCCCCAGGGCUCCCCGGCCCAGAGGGGCUUCAGCUACCUCCACUCCCACUGUGGCAGCACCGACGUGGGCCACGGCUCGCCCACCAAGCCCUUGGCACACACCUACCACGCCAUGACCCUGGCCCCGCCUAAGAAGCGCAGCCAGAGCCUGACACGCUAUGCCCUGUCAGACGGCGAACCAGACGAAGAGGAUGACGACUUGGCUCCGCCCUCUAGCACCCUAGAGUCCUACGCCACCCUGACCCGCCGGCCCGGACGCAGCCAGCUGGCAGGCAUGCAGAUCACACCCGUAAAGUACGGCACUGUGGGACGUAGCCAGUCCUUUGCCGUGCGCGCUCGUAAAAAGGGUCCCCCUCCAGCCCCGCCCAAGAGACUGAGCUCGGUGAGCAGCAGCCCCAGCGUUGGGUCCACUGAGAAUAUGGCGCCCUCUCCUGGGGGGGUGGAGACAGACAGUCCAGGGAGCGUGAGGAGCAUCGCAGCCUGUCUGGAGGCCUCCACUGAGGGGAAGAGCCUGUCCAGGCCCAGGCUGGACCUCCUCCAACCAGAGCCUCCCCUCCCCAGCCUCAACCCCUCAGGACUGGAGCCCAGAGAGGCCUCUGCAGGGAUGAGGAGGAGGGUGCAGAGCGAAUGUGCUCCAGCCCAAACCGACAUCCCAGACCAUUACCCAGACCCAGAGCGAGGGGUGAAGUCAGACUCUGAGGAGGAGGAACCUAAGGCACCGGGUUUGGAUGGCUCCUCAUCCCCUCACAAUAGCUCCAGCGAGUGUAUCCCCUUCGCCGAGGAGGGCAACCUCACCAUCAAGCAGAGGCCCAAGGUGGGAGGGCCGCCCAGGGCCGAGAGCACUGUGGAGAUCCCGGCAGACAAGAACCGGCCUACCAAGACAGCCCUGGAGGUGCCUGAGUUUAACCUGAAGGAGUCAGACACUGUGAAGCGGAGAUACAAGCCUAAAGACCAUGCUGGCAGCUCUCCCACCAGUGACAGUGAGGGCCAGAUAGGGUCAGACUCCAGUCCAGGCAGCAGGCCCCAGUCCCAAAGCUGUGAGGAGGUGAGUCUGGUCAGUCUGAGGAUCAGUGAGGCCAGUCUGGAGGGGCUGGAGAACCUAGCAGUGACAGGCACACCCCUCAAACCCCCCGUCUCCCCCAAGCCUCACAGCUCCCACGGACCCCCCGUCACAGCCCCAAAACCGUCCCGACACAGUCUGGCUGCUGCUACAGCCAUAGUGCCGCCCACUAUGACUGUCAACGUGGUACAAAGUCUUGCCUUCUCAGCCCCACCAUCACCCACACCCAGCCGGUGUCCCCCAGCCCCAGGGCUUCAGUGCCAGGCAGCCCAGACAGGCAAGCCCCAGGUCUGUGUGGUCGGCCCAGGCCCAGGGGUAGAGUCUGGCCCGGGGUUAGAGGUGGUGCAGCAACAGAGGCUGGAGCAGACCAGCACCUCUCUGGAGGCAGCACUGCAGGCUGUGGAGAGAAAACUCACCCAGGAGGACAGCACUGACGGUGGGUCGAACACAGUGAAGUCAGCGGGCAACAUUCUGGAUGACAUUGGCAACAUGUUUGAUGACCUUGCUGACCAGCUAGAUGCCAUGCUGGACUAAGCCCUCUAUCCACUCCACUGACCAGCCCACUGACCCAUGACCCUUCACCUCAGGAAGUACUAAUGACCAUGAGAGGGAGAAUGGAGCAGGUCAAUCCACCUAAGUGUUAUCUCCGACCCCGACGCCCUUCAAACUACAGACCAACCCCCACCACCAGACUAACAGAAAACAUAUGGGACUACAUUGUAGGAUGUGCCAUGGAGUGGGAUGCUUUUAAUGAACAGUGUGGAUCCAUCUCCCUCCUCCCUGCCUCCAUGUUGCCACUUCCUCUCCUUUCAACACCAGCACUUAACUCUGCUCUACAGUGCUUUGCCAUCAGUCACAACAACCCUGUUGGUUUCAACACAGGGCCUGACAACAACCCUGUUGGUUUCAACACAGGGCCUGACUGACUGUAGAUACAUGAGGGGUGGACCACAUACUGUACCAGUACACUGUUGUAUUGGGUUGUUUCAUACAACACGAGUUAAACCGUGUUGUCCUUUUUAUUCUACCCAACGUCCUCCAUUUCUUCGUCAUGUUGGUGUGCCUUUCUUCCCCUCCUUUCUCACAGUCUCCACCUCUGUGUAAAGUCAUUGUUUGGCCGUAGAGGGAGAGAGAGAGACAAUGGGGAGAAGGGUUUUUAUCCUGGCCUAUAGAGGAACCAUUCCUAGACACAAUAUUACCAUACAAUACCAUUUGUAUUAGACACUGUCUCAGUCAUUUGACCUUUGUGUUUCACCAUGUCUGACCAUUUCAAUUGGACCUUGUUGAUAUUUUCAAUACUCUUGUAUUUGAUCCAUUUUCUACCAAGUUGACCACAAUGAAAGUGUUUGUCUUCCUCAAGGCAAGGUGCCAGUACGUUUGUGCUGUUAAAAUCUUUAGUAAUCAUUCUUUAGUAAUACAGAAUGACUAGAUGCUAUAUAGUUUCUGGUUUUAUGUAAAACAUUUGGAAGUGCUGGAUGAUAUUGUUUAUACAAAAGGGAAGAAGACCUUUGCUUUUCAAAGCAUAUUUAGCUUUCGUCACUGUCCACACUGUCAGUAUAAGGAGUUAUACGUGAUUUGUACAGCCGAGGGAUGACAUGCAAGAUAUUAAUAAUGUACACUACAUUUUAAUGUAGAUUAGUCCAACUAGUAUUUAAAUGAGAGUAUCUAAAUAUGUAUAUUGUAUACUUAUAGGUAUAUCUGGGAGCAGAAUCAUAUUCAACCAAAGUUCUUUGUACAGAUUUUCCUUCAAUAUUUCCAUAAAAUGCAGAACCAUUGUUAAGGGGUUCUGGUCUUCCUUAACAUGAAUGAAAUUAAUUAUCUACAUGGUUAUCAAAAAUGGUCUGUUUUUUUUCCCCUGUCCACCCAGCAUUAUAUGGCUAUGUUCCAUAUUUGGGCAUGCUACAGUACUUCUAGCAGGGGGAACGAACUCUAUGAUGUGUUUCUGUCUUCCUCAUGAACUUUCAAAUCAUUAACCCUGACUUGUAUGAUUGUGUAUUGUCCUCUGUACUGUAAAUGUUUGUGUUGUUUCAGUGUGAAUGUGAUCCCUGGCUGUAACCUGGGUUUCAUCUCUGUCCUUCUCAGGAAUGUCCCACCUAUUCAGUUCAAGCUGCUGUCACAUUAAACACGCACACCUGGCUCUGUGUUAUGGAAGGAGGAACAGUGGUUUUGAAGAGGUGAGGUGAAGGAGAGCCUUGCGUGAAUGUGAAAGAGGUCUGUGUCUCAGACGGAACUGAGACCUGCUAGAGGCACCUUAUUUAAGAUGGCUCUGUGGAUAUAUAUUAUACUGUCUUGAGUUAUCAACAUCUGUCCUUUUUCAUCCAGCUGGGUCUUCAUCUGGUUACAGUUAACCAUUAAAUAUUCAUGUCUGA